CGGAGGCGGAGAGCGCGGAGCGGGUUCGGCAGCGCGAUGUCUUUCUGCAGCUUCUUCGGGGGCGAGAUUUUCCAGAACCACUUUGAGCCGGGCAUCUACGUGUGUGCUAAGUGCGGCUAUGAGCUGUUCUCCAGCCGCUCAAAGUACGCGCAUUCGUCCCCAUGGCCAGCGUUCACUGAGCCCAUCCACGCCGACAGUGUAGCCAAGUGUCCAGAACACAGUGGGCUUGGAGUCUUAAAGGUGUCCUGCGGCAAGUGUGGCAAUGGGUUGGGUCACGAGUUCCUCAACGAUGGACCCAAGCCGGGACAGUCCCGCUUCUGAAUAUUUAGCAGCUCGCUGAAGUUCAUCCCUAAAGGCGAAGAAGCUUCUGCCUCCUGGGGGAAGUAAGCGGGCAGCCCACACCCCCCAGGUGGCCACACACCUCGGCCACACUGUAGCCACCUCUCGUUGGAAUUGGAGCCCACUGAGAUUCGGGGAGAGGGCGGGACGGGGCGGGGCGGGGGCUGGGACAGCAGAAGCAAAGCAGGUGUUUCCCGAUGGCUCGCACCCCUCUGCACCGGGAUGGGGCGGAGGGGCCAAGCGGGUGGCUCGUCUUGGCCUGCGAAUCUUGAGGCUGAGACUCUGGGCUUAGCAUAUCUUGAACACUGCACCCCCAGCUUCUCUCCUCAGCCUGGCUGCCUCUCCCUGCCUGUCUGGGUUCACUCCUGCGGGGCACAAUUCCCAGAGGGGCUCCAACAUUCACCAAGGCCCAUUCCCACUCCCCAAGCUGUGCGAGAGACACAGUGCAAGCAGAGGCUGUCCCAGCCAGCUGUUCCAGCCUGGCCACUGCAUGAUUCGCUCUGCUUAAAUGCUUCCAGGCCCACCAGGGCGCUGAUGGUUCGUGACCCACUGGAGGAGCAGGCUGAUACACAGCCCCGACUUGUCUAUGAGAGGUGAACCCCUGAACCUCAGGUCACAGUCUGUGGGGACACAGCUACCUCACCUGGCUUGGGAAGGCAGCUGUCACUCCAUGACCUCCUACCAGCCCCAGGCAGGCUGUGGAGAUCCCAUCCUACAGUCCACGCCUGCAAAGUCUCUCCCCAGGAUGCGGCGCCUGUGCCUUAAUGUGUGCACUCCAGAGCUCUUGCCGUCCAGGCGGUGGGAGAUGCUGGAGACCCCCUACCUUCUGAAUCCUUUCUGGAGCAAGCAGGUGGAAAUCAAUAAACCAAGGACACCCAGGCCCAGUGUCUUUAUUAAUGUCACAGGUGUCAGGAUGCGCACACCAGGCACAGUUAUUUCAUUUGUUCCUCAAGUAUUUAUCGAGCAUCUUGUCCAUGCCAGGUCCUGUGCUCAGUGCUGGGGACACAGCCGUGAGCAGGACAGGCAGGGUCCUGUCCUGGAGGGGCUCGUGUCUCCCCUGGGGAGACAGACAGGUGGCUGGUGUUCUAAAAUGUCAGCAGGUCGCUC